CGAUUCCCUUCCUGCAGGCGUGGGAUCUCAGUGGCCUACUUGCCAUAGUAGAACUACGUGUCGUAGCAAGGGCCGCCCGUUGGCAAGGUUCGGAGCUUUCCAGGCGGUGGCAACAAUGACGACUCCAUCCACGGACGCAACCGCGGAGGAAAUGCCCACCGGCGGCGUCCUCCUCAUCCUACUCCUCAUCAUCGCCGGUGCCGUCGCCGUCUUUGUUCGGCUGAGGCAACGGCGUGGGGACAGGAGCGGCAGCGCGCCCAGCCCGCCGUCUCUCCCGCUGCUCGGCCACCUCCACCUUCUCAAGAAGCCGCUGCACCGCUCGCUGGCCGCGCUCGCCGGGGCCCCGGACGCGAACGCGGCGCCGCUCCUGUCUCUCAGGCUGGGCAUGCGCCGGGCGCUGCUCGUGUCAUCUCACGCCGCCGCCGAGGAGUGCUUCACGGUGCACGACGCCGUGCUGGCAGGGAGGCCGCAGGUGCUCGCCGGGAAGCACCUCGGGUACGGGCGCACCAGCGUCGUGUGGGUCUCUUACGGGGACCACUGGCGGGGCCUGCGCCGGUUCUUCGCCGCCGAGCUCUUCUCGUCUUCCCGCCUCGGCGCGCUCGCCGCCGAACGCCGCUCCGAGGUCGCGUUCCUCGUCGAGAACCUGCUCCAUGACGCCGUAGCCGCCAGCAGUGGGAUCAUCACCCUCCGUCCGAAGCUCUUCGAGCUGGUGCUCAACGUGAUGCUGCGCGCGAUCACCGGGCGCCGGCACGCCGGCGACGUGCACAGAUUCCAGGAGAUCGUCGAGGAGUCGUUCGCCGUGAGCGGCGUGCCCAGCGUCGGGGACUUCUUUCCGGCGCUGCGGUGGGUCGACCGCGUCCGCGGCGUCGAGGCGGCGCUGGCGAAUCUGCAGUCGAGGCGUGACGCGUUCGUCACUGGCCUCAUCGACGACCACCGGCGAACGCGCGACGCUGCUAGCCGGGACGUUGAGAAGAAGGCUGUGAUCGACGUGCUCAUGGAACAUCAACAAACCGAUCCAGAGUACUACACUGACACCGUCGUCAAGGGCAUCGUCUUGGUACUGCUCACCGCCGGUACCGACACAUCGGCCCUGACCACCGAGUGGGCGAUGGCGCAGCUGCUGACGCACCCGGGGGCGAUGAAGAAGGCGAGGGCCGAGAUAGACGCCGUUGUCGGCACCGGCCGGCUAGUGAAGGAGUCGGACAUCACCAACCUCCCAUACUUGCAAUGCGUCGUCAAGGAGACCCUUCGGCUCUGCCCCGUCGGCCCGAUCAUCCCGGCGCACGAGGCAAUGGAGGACUGCACGGUGGGCGGCUUCCACGUCCGGCGCGGCACCAUGGUCCUCGUGAACGCGUGGGCGAUCCACCGGGAUGCCAGUGUCUGGGAUGCGCCACAGGAAUUCAGACCAGAGCGGUUCUUGAGCAGAGACGCGGUCACCACUCCCAUGCUGCCGUUCGGGCUUGGCCGGAGGCGAUGUCCCGGCGAGGGCCUGGCGAUGCGCCUUGUCCCCCUGACGCUGGCAGCACUAUUGCAAUGCUUCGAGUGGGAUAUUGCUGAAGGCUGUACCGUCGACAUGGCCGAAGGUGCUGGGCUGACGAUGCCAAUGGCGACGCCAUUGGCGGCUGUCUGCCGGCCCCGAGAGUUCGUCAAGAGUGUGCUCUCUGCUUCCACCUGAUGGACUCAGCACAAAUUUCUGAAGAAAAAGGGGAAAAAUGGGUUAAAAUUGUUUAGCAGUGGAUUCAUGCUAGUGGUUGUCAGAAAAAUACUUGCAGAAUGAUUCCAUUAGAUGAUUUACUGAACAUUAUAAAAUCACAAGGGAAUGCACUUUUAAAGGGCGUCAAAAAAUUUAUUGCUGUCU